AAGGCGUUUGGUUUGGUUUGGUUUGGUGGCAGCUCAGCUUCCCGUCACCAGAGUCAUCGUCGUGCGGAAGCUGACAAAAAGAUUACCCAAACUUUCAGAAUUUUUCAUAUAAAUUUCUUUGUUACUUCAUUAUCUAAGAGCAAGAACCAACCCUAGUUCAUUUUUGUUCUGCCAAAAAUGAAUGCUUUCGUGGACAAAUUUCAUGCUCAAGACGACGGGUUUUUGGCUGCCUAUGCACCUGCUAAAGCGAUGCCCCAGAAGCUCAUUAUCGAUACUGACCCUGGGAUCGAUGAUAGCAUGGCAAUCUUAAUGGCGUUUCAAUCUCCUGAGUUAGAGAUCUUAGGCUUGACAACAAUAUUUGGUAAUGUCACAACAAAAAAUGCAACACGUAAUGCUUUGCUUCUGUGUGAGAUCGCAGGGUGUCCGGGUCUUCCUGUGGCAGAAGGCAGCCCUGAGCCUCUAAAGGGAGGAGAGCCACGUGUUGCUGACUUUGUUCAUGGUUCUGACGGACUGGGAAACAUUUUUUUACCUUCUCCAACAGCAAAGAAAUUUGAGAAGACUGCUUCUGAAUUUUUAGUUGACAAGGUCUCUGAAUACCCUGGUGAAGUAUCUAUACUUGCACUAGGACCACUGACUAACUUGGCUCUGGCAAUCAAAAGGGACUCUUCCUUUGCAAGCAAGGUGAAAAAAAUAGUUGUACUUGGAGGUGCUUUCUUUGCACUGGGAAAUGUAAAUCCUGCUGCUGAAGCAAAUAUUUAUGGAGACCCAGAAGCAGCAGACGUGGUCUUCACAUCUGGAGCAAACAUUGCUGUCGUCGGAAUAAAUAUCACAACCCAAGUUAAAUUUACAGAUGACGACCUUCUUGAAUUGAGGCAAUCGAAGGGGAAAUAUGCUCAAAUAUUAUGUGAUAUGUGCAAAUUCUAUAGAGACUGGCAUGUGAAGUCUGACGGUGUAUAUGGGAUUUUUCUUCAUGAUCCUGUGAGUUUUAUGGCACUAGUUCGCCCUGAUCUCUUCACCUACAAGAAGGGGGUUGUGAGAGUCGAAACGCAGGGCAUUAGUGUGGGACACACACUAAUGGACCAAGGACUUAAACAAUGGAAUGCAAGCAACCCUUGGACAGGAUAUUCCCCUAUAGAAGUUGCCUGGACAGUGGAUGUGGAUGAAGUGCUCAAUUACGUUAGAAAAUUGUUGAUGAAACCAUGAGAAGUGUUCGCCAUCCAGGCUUUUGAAGAUGCCAGACACCAAAUCUGAAGUGUUGAAGCCCUCUAUGAUCUUGCCAUUGCUUCCUCGUGACAACCAAUUGUUUGGGGAAAAGGGGCCAACUAUUGUUCUAACAGUCAUUUUAAACGCUUACGGAUGUGUGCAAAAACAUUCACUUGAUUGAUAUUCAAAUAGUUGAAUUCAAUAUAGUGAUUUCUGUUAUGUAAUCAUUGCAUUUUUUAAAAUAACUUCUGUUGUUCUCACCAAA